CAACGCGAUAAGGAGGAACUUCCCCCAAGGCUACGUGGAACUCAUGAGCAAACUCGACCCCAAAAACAAGUACUAUGAAGCCUUCGAGAAGGCUAUUGCGAAUGCUUGAAGUAAUUAAGUCUUUAUUCGGCGUUUUGUUAUAAUUCAACUGUGAAAAUGAAGGUCCUGGUUGUUUUGUCGUGUUUGAUCGUGGCUGCGUUCGCCGCUGAUAAGUACAACGCUAAAUAUGAUAACUUUGAUGUGGACACCUUGAUCACCAAUGACAGGCUUCUCAAAGCUUAUAUCAACUGCUUCCUCGACAAAGGACGGUGCACUCCCGAAGGAUCUGAUUUCAAAAAGACCCUACCAGAGGCCAUAGAGACAACCUGCGGCAAGUGCACCGACAAGCAGAAGAACAACAUCAGAAAGGUGAUCAAAGCUAUCCAGCAGAAACACCCCAAGGAGUGGGACGCUCUCGUCAAGAAGAACGACCCCAGCGGCAAACAUCGCGCCAACUUCGACAAAUUCAUCCAAGGAAGCAGAUAAUAAAAUCUACCAUGCUUCAACAUAGGCUAACUUAGAAUAAAGUAUUAUAGGUCCUAGAGAAAAUUAAGUAUUUGUUAGAACUGCAGUAGACUUUAAACCAGCUCUCUAAGAUGCUUCAGAGCAAUCUCAACUCCCACAGGAUAAUUCCCGUAGAAUUUCAAUUUUACCAUUCCAAACGGAUCAGCGUUCUUGUGAUUUUAUUUAUAUGUAGGCUUUUAGAUUUAAUCGGAUGACAAAUUGUUGUGUUAUUUAUUUAAAUAUCACGAUGUUGACUGAUAUUGUAUUAAAUAAUUGAUUGUAAUAAUAUUUUAUUUUUUA